UGCAUGGAAGGGCUGCAGCACGUCUGUGGGAGCUGCAGCUUCCUGGGGCAUUGCAGUUGUGUAACACGGGAGCUUAUAUAACUCAGCGCGAAUAACUCCUUGCAUAACGGGUCGGAAGAGUCUGCCAUCCGUGCACUGCAUCGCAUCCAAAGUUGCAUCAAGCCUAAAGAUGGUCAAGAGGAAGACCGAGUCUGCAGCCCAAACUGACAGCAAAAGGGUGGGAGAGGAGAGCAGGACCAAACGGACCAAACAAGAGGGCAACAGGGCAAAACCUGCACAGCAACUGCACCCUGGUGACGAUAUCCAGGACUUCGAACCAGAAAAGCCUCAGUUGAAGCCCAAAGUGUGUGGAAAGAGAGCAGGGAGUCAGCGAGUCUGCCCGGUCCCUGCGCGUGGGAACGGGGCAAAGAGCAAACCUUCAAAGGGCGGAGGGAAAAGAGGAACCUGUCCAGUGAAGGGAGAAGCAGGUGAAGGAACAAAGGGCAGAGCUCCUGCUGUUGUGAGUUUCACAGGUGGAGAGGAGGAGGAGGAGGAAGGUUGUUCACCGGAGGACAGUGAAGAUGAGUGGGAAGAAGUUGAAGAGCUGCUCCACGAUGCAGCAGAAGAACCUUCGCCCUUUUCCCUUCCUGAACCCUCCCUUCCUGAGAAGCCACUGGAGAUUGAGAUUGAGACACCGUUUCAUGCCAAGGAGAGAGAGAGCAGGGAGAAGAGGGAAGCUGAAUUUGAAUCCUAUCUCCGUCGAGCGAUAAACCGUUUCACCCGGCAGCUUCGCGAGGACAUCCACAAGACUCACCUCCUCUGCUUGUUGGCCAAUGGGAUGUUCCGGAGUAGGACGUGCAAUGAGCCUGAGCUUCGGGCUGUGGCGUUAUCCUUGCUGCCCGCCAAGCUGGCCAGGGUGUCAGCUGGACGUGUGGACAUCCCAUACAUCUCCAAGCUGCUGAAGUGGUUUGUGUCGGCCUUUGAGGUGGAGCUGUCCCUCGCUCGGAGUGAAUCGGGGAAGCUGUUCCGGGAGCUGCAGCAGGGACUCACCAGCCGUUCCGCGGGGAGUGAAGAGGAGUUGGUUCACCUGUUCCUGAUCGUACUCCGAGCACUGCCUCUGUCGUCUCGUCUCGUGGUGUCUCUUCAACCCCUUCCCUUCAAAGAAAGUUCAAAAGCGAAGAAUCCGAGAGGGGGAAAAUCCAAAGUCGAUUCCCAGGAAGCUGACAACCCUGCGCCCCGCAUUAAACCCAAGACAACAGCCGGAAAAGCAGGGAAGAGAAGAGCAGACAUCAAACAGGAGGACGAGGGGAAAAUUCAGGUGAAGACAGAAGGUGCCGACGGGACACAGGAGGGGAUCAGACGGAGCAAAGCCUCGGGUCCGGUCAGUCGAGGGAGGAGCAAGAAAAUCAAAUGUCCCGAAGCUUCUGCUGAAUCGGGAUUUGAGGAUGAUGAACAUCCAGGCCCCAAAAACCCAGGGCACCUGAGGCCGAAGAAUGAGCGACGGAGACGCGUUGCCUCGAAGGUGUCGUACAGAGAGGCGGACACCGACCAGGAUGACGACAGCGACUCGGAUUUUGAACUUGCCGACGGUUCUGCCGAUUCCAGCAGUUCCUCGGGUGGAGGUGAGGCGGGUGCACCUGGGGACGAGAGGCGCCGCUCACGGGGGAAGGGUCUGCGAGGCCAGGGAAAGGGCGGAACCUUGGGGAGGAGUUCGGAGGUCCGUGAAGAGGAGGACUCUGAGAGCGGCCCAGGGAAAGCCAAGUCCAAGAGGAGAUCCUCGGCUUGCAAGAGGAGUGAUGGAGAUGGGAGGUUGGUGGGUGAGGGGCCAGCGCGGGCGAGAGCUUCGGAUCAGUGGAUCGAGGUUUACGCUGACGCAGAGAAGAAGUGGGUUGCGGUGGACUGUGUAUACAACUCUGUGAACCAUCCGGAACUCUGCGCAAGGCACGCCACCAAACCACUUUGCUACAUCAUCGGCUUCGACAACGAGAACAGCGUGAGAGACGUUACCCAGAGGUACGACGCAGCCUGGAUGACUGCCACCAGGAAGCGGCGGGUUGACCCCGCGUGGUGGGAGGAGACUUUGUCACUGUACAGGAGUCACUACGCUGAGCGGGAGGCGGAGGAAGAUCGGGAGCUGCGUGCGAGGCUGCUGGAUCAGCCCCUGCCCACCUCCAUUGCCGAGUACAAGAACCACCCCCUGUACGUGCUGCAGCGGCACCUGUUGAAGUACGAGAUCCUGUACCCGCCCACCGCCUCCAUCCUGGGCUACUGCAGGACGGAGCCCGUCUACUCCCGGGACUGCGUACACGUGCUCCAUUCCAAGGAUACGUGGCUGAAGGAAGCCCGCGUGGUGAGAGAUGGAGAGGUGCCAUGUAAGAUGGUGAAGAGCCAGUCCAACCGAGCACGCCGAGCGCGACUGGCCAACUGGGAGAAUCGAGACAAGGACGACCUUGGACUGUUCGGACGUUGGCAGACAGAGAUGUACCACCCACCCAGGGCCACCAACGGGAAGGUCCCACGGAAUGAGUUUGGGAACGUCUAUCUCUUCAAACCUUCUAUGCUUCCUCUCGGCUGCAGACACCUGAGGAUCCCCAACCUCAACCGCGUGGCCCGUAAGCUGGACAUCGACUGUGCCGCCGCAGUGACUGGGUUUGAUUUCCAUUCCGGGCAUUCGCACCCAAUAACGGACGGCUACGUUGUGUGUGAGGAAUAUGUGGAGAUCCUACUGACAGCCUGUAAGCAGGAGGCAGCUGAGCAGGUGAAGAGGGAGCAAAUGAAGCGGGAGAAACGAGUGCUGGGGAACUGGAAGCUGCUGGUGAAGGGACUGCUGAUCAGGGACCGACUGAGGGCUCGUUACAGCUCCCAGGAGACAGACGCUGUAAACUCUGGGCAGGGGCCAGCAGGCUGCUGUGAAGAGGAGGGUCCCAGCAAAUCGACCCCAGCCACUGAUGCCGCCUCUUCAUGGCCCUUGAACCGACAGGAGGGCGAGCAGAGCAGGAAGGGCCGCAAACCAAAGAGAGGCGAGGAGAAGCACCUGUUCCCCUUUGAGAGGCUGUGACCCCCAGGGUGGCCUGGGUCCUUUCACACACAGCGGCAGUGAGAUACCAGUCCGUGUCAGGGGAAAGGCUGCCUGGGGACAUCCCAUAACUUGCUGUCUGACUGCCUGCUGCCACAAAAAGGUCCAGCCAAGAUCUGUGGUCACUGUUUCAGCUGUGGUUGGCACCGAGUCCCCUUUGUGUGUGAACCACUGGGGUGAGGGUUUGAACUGUUGCUCAGACCACCACCAUCGUGAUGGGUAGCAGUAGGUCACUGACCACAGAGUUCUCACCUUGAUGGGGGGGGGAGGAGGUAUUCUGUUCUUGCAAGACCAUGUUUGUCAAAUGUUCUCCCCCAUCCCUCCUUCCCCCCCCCCCAGCUUCCUCUCACUGACAGAGGCAUUACAGGCGGCUCAGGUUAUCACUUCACUUGGGAAUUGUUUGUACGGUUAACUUUUUUUUCUACAUUGCAAAAAAGAAUAAAGUGUGUUGAUUUGU